AUGCCAAAGCAACGGGAUGAAUCAGAAGCGAGAGGUGCCAACGAGACGACGCCGAAUGCUUGUCAGGCAUGCAACGAGUUGGAUAAUUCCCGAUUGGUCCAGUGUGACAUGUGUGAUGACUGGUACCACUUCGACUGCGUAGGGGUCAACCAAGACGUCGAGAAUCACGAUUGGCUUUGCUCAGUCUGUAUGGAGAAGCAGCAAACCAAGAACAAAAAGUCGACGAAAUUUAUUCCCCUGCCGGUACCGUCUGUAAGUACACUUAGCCCGAUAAGUACUAGCAGUGUGGCACCGUUGAGUACUGCCACCGAUAUAGUGACGAGCAUGUCUGUCACCUCUAUGUUUCCGACAAAUACAGUUUACCCUACGAUUGGGCAAAACAUUACUAUGCCACCCGUUUCUCAAAUGCCGCCCCACUAUUUCAUGCCACCACAUUCUUUGAUAUCGUCAAAUGCCUUAUUGCCACCCUAUUCGUUUAUGUCACCCCUUUAUUCGAUACCUCCUUGUCAGCCUAUGCAAGUUGUUUGCACUAUGCCGUCAGUGCCAUCGUCCCGCUGGUCAAAUCCGUACGCGUCACUACCGGGAGUGAAUACUUAUGAUAUGUGUAACACAGUGCCAUCUAGUUUUACUCAGCCGAUUCCGUCGAUACCAAAUGUAGUUCCAAAUACUAUUCCAGUAGGAGGAUCGCAGAAACCUUUGCCGAAUCCAGUGCAUACUAAUAAUCCCCCGAAAGCCCAACAAGUUUUGGAGGAUAACUUGAGCCAGCAUUCCGCAGCAAUUUUCGGACAGUCCGUCAAGCAAAGACAGUUGCAAAUGGAGUUGCAGAUUUUGGACGACGAGAGGAAAAUACAGGAAGAGGAAGAAGCUAAUCGGCGUCAGUAUCUGCGUAAGCGACACGAGUUGAUGACGAAGAUGGUCCGCGAAACCGCGCCUGUUGCUGAUGUCGAGGAAGAGCGAUCGAAUCAACGAGUUUCUGAGUGGAUAAGUGAGACGGUUAAUGCGAAUGUACAGGAUACGCACUGUCCACGGGCUGACGUUGUUCCGGAACAAUUUACACAAAGAAUCCAACGCAGUUCCACUCCAGCUGCUGCUGCGUCAUCUCAUCCACACGAAACGCCACAAAAUAUGCAACCAAUUUCCAACCACAGGAUAGAGAAUGCAGAAGGUGGUUUUAUCCCGAGACGGCGCUCGACACCAAGGCAGACUUCAAUUGAAGAGGAAGACGAUAUUAAUUUAACACGCAAGCAAGUCGCUGCUCGCCAAGCAGUUUCGCGGGAUCUUCCCUCAUUCAGCGGUACUCCGGAAGAAUGGCCGUUGUUUUACUCAACGUUCACAACAACGACCAACCUGUGUGGAUACACGUCGGAGGAAAACCUGGUCCGAUUGCAAAAAUGCCUUAAAGGCAAGGCACACGAAGCAAAUCUCUGUGCGACUAUCGAAGCUUGUCAGCUUGAAGAAUACGCCUACAACGUAGCUCUGCUGCACGAGCUUGUAGACAAGCUACCGCCUUCCUUCAAGGUUGACUGGGCCAAGCAUCGCCGUGAUUUACCUCGGGUAAACCUGAUAGCAUUUUCGGCUUGGCUGUACCAGUUAGCAGAGACAGUUUGUCCAAUCGCACGACUGACUUGCAGUGAAGCGGUUCCCGGUCGAGGAAACAAGAAGAACUCAGCUUACGUCAACACGCACAGUGAGGAGAGCUCUGACAAUCCGAAGGAGAAACCGGAUCAUCGAGCGAAAGGGAAUCCAUCCGGUCCGUCUUCCUCAGGUGGCUGCGUAGCUUGUAAAGGAAAUUGUCCGAAGUUGGAGAAGUGCCAGCGAUUCAGCGAGCUUUCGUACAAUGCUCGAUGGGCGAUUAUCAAGGAGUUCAUGAUUUGCAGAAAAUGUCUCAAGAAGCAUAAGGGCAGCUGCAAAUCCCUACAAGUGUGCGGAAAGAACGGCUGUACGUUCAAACACCAUGAACUUUUGCACAACUACCAACGGGAUGGAGCGGGAUCGAACCCAUCUUCCAGUAAGGGUCAGAACUCCAACGCAGGCACUCAAAACACAUCGGUGCGUGAGUGCAAUGCUCACCACAAGUCGACUAACCAAGGACUGUUCCGUGUUGUCCCGGUGGUCAUUCAUGGCCCGAAGAAAUCCAUCAAAACGUAUGCCUUCCUAGAUGAUGGCUCAUCUCUUACGUUGGUUGAUGCAUCCCUAGUCCAAGAAUUGGGAUUGCAAGGAAACCCGGAGCCACUGUGCCUGAAGUGGACCGGGAACAAGCGCCGGCUGGAAAACGAUUCACUAAAACUCGACGUCGACGUAUCUGGAACGGGAGAAAUCCAGAAGAAAUACUGCCUACGAGGAGUUCAUACUAUUUCCAACCUGGAUCUAUUCCAUCAGACGGUGGAUGUGCACAAAUUAGCUAAACGAUACCGGCACCUGCGGGGAAUUCCUAUCGAAUCGUACAACAAUGUACAACCUCGAAUCCUAAUCGGGAUCGACAAUGCCAACAUCACGCUGCCGCUUAAGGGAAGAGAAGGAAAUAUGUUCGAGCCGAUUGCAACGAAGACUCGUCUGGGCUGGAUUGUGCACGGAGGCUCCAGUACAAGUGACUCGUUAGUUGGAUACCAUUCAGUGGAAUUCUGUCCAUGCAGCGAAUCGUCCGAUCACAUGCUGCAGCAAUCAAUUCAGGAGUACUUUUCUUUGGAAGGUCUGGGCAUCUGUAAGUCGAAAAAGCCUCUGAUCUCUGGUGAAGAAGAACGUGCCCAACAGCUUUUACAGUCGGUCACCCAAACAGAUAGCGGAAGAUACGAAGUACCACUACUGUGGAAGUACGACAACGUUCAUCUACCUAACAGCAAACCAGCGGCUCUGCGACGGUUCCACUGCCUUGAGAAUAGGAUGAAGAAGCAGCCGAAGCUAGCCGAAGUAUUGCGUGCGAAGAUCGAUGACUAUCGGCGGAAAGGGUACAUAAGGAAGCUGUCGAACGAGGAACUACAGAAACCGCAAGAACGAGUGUGGUAUCUUCCGCUGUUCCCGGUUAUCAACCCGAAUAAGCCGGGGAAAGUCAGGUUUGUUUGGGACGCAGCAGCAAUGACAAACGGCGUAUCGCUCAAUUCCAUGCUGCUGAAAGGGCCGGACUUGCUGACUCCGCUGGACUACGUUCUCUACCGGUUCCGCGAAUUUCGAAUUGGACUUAGUGGUGACGUUAGGGAGAUGUACCUGCAGAUGCUGAUGGCCGCGCGAGAUCAACACUGCCUUCGAGUACUGUGGAGUGACGACGGAAAGGGCGAACCUAGCACGUAUGUAACACAGGUUAUGCCAUUCGGAACCUCCUGUUCACCAUCCUGUGCACAGUACGUGAAAAAUCUCAACGCGAGCAACUUCGCAGGCCAGUACCCGCAAGCAGCACAGACGAUCAUCACACAACAUUACGUGGACGACAUGUUGGCGAGCGUGGAAACGGAAGAGGAGGCAAUUCAGUUGGCGAAGGAUGUAAAGCAUGUUCAUGCUCAAGCGGGACUCGAAAUGCGCAACUGGAUCUCGAAUUCGUCAGCUGUGGUGGAAGCAAUGAAAGAAACGAAGACCGAUGAGAAGAAUCUCAACUUGGGACCAGAGCUAGGAACAGAAAAGGUCCUAGGAAUGUGGUGGUGCACGGCAACAGAUACGUUCACGUACAAGCUCUCGGUGAAACACGACCGUGACCUGUUAGCUGGAACGCGUAAACCCACGAAGAGGGAGGUUUUACGAACGCUCAUGGCCGUCUUCGAUCCACUCGGGUUGAUAUCCAACGUACUCGUUUACUUGAAGGUUCUAUUUCAGGAGAUAUGGAGAUCCGGCAUCGAUUGGGACGACGAAAUUCCGGACAGUCUCAACGAGAAGUGGGAGAAGUGGAUCGAGGUUUUACCUAAAGUGCAAGAUGUCAGGAUUCCUCGCUGUUAUCGCUCCAUUACAUCGCUAACUCCAGAAACGAAUAUUCAACUUCACACGUUCGUCGACGCGAGUCUCUCUGGAUUCGCCGCUGUAGUCUAUCUACGCAUGGAGCAGAGUAGUUCUGUAGAAUGUGCCAUAGUAGGCGCAAAAGCACGGGUGUCUCCCCUCAAAUUCGUCUCCAUUCCCAGGCUGGAGUUACAGGCGGCGGUCAUCGGAGUACGGUUGGCAGAUCGAAUCUCCAAGUCCAUAACAUACAAGAUCGAUAAGCGAGUUUUUUGGAGUGACUCACGUGACGUACUGUGCUGGAUACGGUCAGAUCACCGCCGGUAUUCACAGUUCGUCGCAGCUCGUGUUAGUGAGAUUCUUGAGACGACGGAAAUGGCAGAUUGGAGGUACAUCAACACGAAGGACAACGUAGCGGACGACGCUACCAAGUGGGAGCGGCAACCAGAUCUCACAGAGGAAAGCAGAUGGUUUAAGGGACCGAAGUUCUUGUGGGAGCACAGUGAAAGAUGGCCGAUGGAUUCACAUCAGAGCAGCUCGACGAGUGAGGAACUCCGCGCGAAUCUCUUCCAUCACAUAGCAAGUCCACCUCCAGUGAUAGACGUACGACGGUUCUCCCGUUGGCAGAGUUUACUUCGAGCCACUGCUGUAGUGCUGCGCGUCAAACACAAUUUUCGUUGCGUGAUCGACAAAUUGUCACGAAGGGAUGGCCUGCUUACGGCGGACGAGCUGCGGCAGGCAUCUAUUUUCCUAUUCCGACAAGCACAAGCAGAAUCAUAUCCAGAUGAAAUCAGGAUCCUCGCGAGUGCAGAAAAGUCCAAGAAGUCGUUGAUGAAGUCCAGUUCGAUAUACAAGCUAAACCCUUUCCUCGACGAGCACCAAGUUCUACGGAUGCACGGUAGGAUCAGCGCGUGCGAGUACGCCUCCAUGGAUGCACGUAAUCCAAUUAUCUUAUCGCAGAACAAUUACGUAGCUUGGUUAGUGGUGAAGGACUGUCACGAAUGGUUCCAUCACAGGAAUCACACCACCGUCUUGAACGAGCUGCGGCAUGUCUACCGGAUUCCGAGGCUGAAACAGCUGUUCAACAAAGUCAAAGCAGGGUGCCAGAUGUGUAAGAAUGAGAAAUCAGUUCCACAACCUCCUCCAAUGGGUGAUCUACCGGAAGCAAGACUGGCGGCGUUCACUAGACCUUUCUCCUUUGUUGGGGUUGACUAUUUCGGGCCGAUUAAUGUGGUGGUAGGGCGUAGAGUUGAGAAACGUUGGGGUGUGCUAACGACGUGCUUAACAGUGCGCGCGAUACACUUAGAAGUCGCGCACUCGCUCAGUGCAGACUCUUGCAUAAUAGCAUUGAGAAACAUGAUGGCAAGGCGAGGCGUACCAAUUAAAAUCUAUAGUGAUCGCGGAACGAAUUUCACGGCAGCGAGCAAAGAGCUGAAGGCGGCCCUCCAAAUUGUCACGAAGGGAUGGCCUGCUUACGGCGGACGAGCUGCGGCAGGCAUCUAUUUUCCUAUUCCGACAAGCACAAGCAGAAUCAUAUCCAGAUGA